ACAUAUCGUUUUGUGUACUUUGUGUCAGGCUAGCCGUGUCAGGACUAAACAAAAAUUCUUCGCUUUUAAUUAAUAACGAUUAAUUAAGAGACUAAAAACAAUAACUGAAGAUGUGUGCUUGUAAUAUAGAUGUAAUUAAAUUGGUUGGCAAAUAUCUAAAUAUUAGCGUAGGACCUAUUUGCUACAAUUCUGACAAAGUAAUAACUACAGUUCUAGAUAAACAAAACGUCGAAGGCUUUGCGACUAUUGUGCUACGAUUAGCAGCUAAAAACGGGACCUCAAUGUCACACGAACAGAUGCUGCUGUGUUAUCAGUGGUUGGAGCAUAUUGCAAUGUAUUCUAAUCAAGCUGUAACAAACCCCAUAUUUGCAAAGAGUUUUUUGCAGGAUAUCAAUAAAGCAUUGGAAAAAAACACAUAUUUGACUGGUCAACAUUUAUCUAUUGCUGAUGUUGCAGCAUAUUAUGUUCUUUAUUGUUUAAUAGAACGUCUUUCAAUAGUCGAACGAGAAGCAGUAUUACAUGUUUGUAGAUGGUUGAAACAUAUUCAAGCACAGCCAAAAGUAUGUGCCAGCAAAGCACCACUUCCUCUAAAUGCAUUGUCUUUGUCAGUGUUAGCACCAACAGUACAUUAGCAUAAUUUUAUUUAUUAUUAUAAUAAUAAAAUUAUCUUCAAUAAGACAUAAAAA